UUCGCCAUUUUCUUUGUCGCUUUGUCGCGCUGUGGGGUAUUCUGAAUUCUGUGAUCAAAAACUUGUGAAUAAGCAUUAAAAAUGGAGAUGUCUUUGAAUCCCGUGCGUAUACUCAAAAAUGAGGCGCAGGAGGAGAAAGCCGAAAUGGCGCGUCUGUCGUCGUUUAUUGGUGCCAUUGCCAUUGGAGAUCUUGUAAAGAGUACCCUGGGACCAAAGGGCAUGGACAAAAUCUUGGUGUCUACUGGCCGUAAUGCCGGGCAAGUGGAAGUUACCAAUGACGGAGCCACCAUUUUACGCGCCAUUGGCGUUGAUAAUCCAGCUGCUAAAAUUCUGGUCGAUAUGUCGCGUGUACAGGACGAAGAGGUUGGCGAUGGCACCACAUCCGUGACUGUGCUUGCAUCCGAAUUGUUGCGCGAGGCUGAGAAACUGGUUGAACAGAAGCUGCAUCCACAGAUCAUUGUGGCCGGCUGGCGUACGGCCGCCCAGGUGGCUCUCGAGGCACUCACAGCCGCCGCUCAGGACAACUCGGCCAAUAAUGAGAAAUUCAAAAAGGAUUUGCUCAACAUCGCACGCACCACAUUGUCAUCAAAGAUCCUGCAUCAGCAUAAGGAUUUCUUUGCCAAUCUGGCCGUCGAUGCAGUGCUGCGUCUUAAGGGCUCCGGUGAACUCAAAUCAAUACAGAUUAUUAAAAAGUCCGGCGGCACAUUGGACGACUCGUUCCUCGAUGACGGCUUUCUGCUGGACAAGAAGCCCGGCGUGCAUCAGCCACAGCGCAUUGAAAACGCAAAGAUUCUGAUUGCCAACACGCCGAUGGACACGGACAAAAUCAAAGUAUUUGGCAGCAGCAUCAAGGUUGACUCAUUGUCCAAGAUCGCCGAUCUAGAGAUGGCCGAAAAGGAGAAGAUGAAAGAGAAAGUUGAUAAGAUUCUGAGCCACAAAUGCAAUGUGUUCAUCAAUCGCCAGCUUAUCUAUAACUAUCCUGAGCAGCUGUUCGCUGAUGCCCAAGUGAUGGCCAUUGAACAUGCCGAUUUUGAUGGCAUUGAGCGCUUAGCCUACUGCACCGGCGGCGAGAUUGUGUCCACAUUUGAGAAUCCCGCCUUGGUCAAGCUCGGCGAGUGUCAGCUCAUUGAGCAGGUGAUGAUCGGCGAGGACACACUGCUGCGCUUCAGCGGUGUCAAGCUGGGCGAAGCCUGUACAGUUGUUAUUCGUGGCGCCACACAACAGAUCCUCGACGAGGCUGAUCGCUCCCUUCACGAUGCGCUGUGCGUGUUGGCAGCCACUGUCAAGGAGUCGCGCAUCAUUUAUGGCGGCGGCUGCUCCGAAGCUCUAAUGGCCAAUGCGGUCUUCAAAAAGGCAUCCGAAACAGCCGGCAAGGAAGCUAUUGCCAUUGAGGCCUUCGCACGUGCCCUGCUGUCACUACCCACAGCUAUUGCCGACAAUGCUGGCUUUGAUUCGGCCCAACUGAUCUCCGAACUGCGCGCUGGCCAUGCCCAGGGCAAGCAUCAUCUGGGUCUGGACAUGGAUCAAGGCAAGGUGGCCGACGUGCGCGAACUGGGCAUCACAGAGUCCUUUGCUGUGAAGCGUCAGGUGCUCAUGUCCGCCGCUGAGGCUGCCGAAAUGAUUCUGCGUGUGGAUGAUAUCAUCAAGUGUGCGCCACGUCGUCGUGUGCCCGACAGGGGCUAUUGCUAAACAUCAAUUCUUAUAUAAGUAUUUUUGUCUAGGAUUUUUUUUUAAAACCUUACAACUCUCGUUUAACAUCAUCGCUAAUUUUAUGUUUCUGUUUAAACUAAUAACACACACAUGUAUACACACGCACGCACACACCCACACUCGCCUGGGCACAGCCAACGCAAUUAACUUCUCUAAAUUGUUUGUGAAAAUUUCAAAUCUGUUUUUGUUACACGAAUUACCAAUGUUGCGCAAGCUCAGCUUAUACUAAAGAGAGGACCGAACAAAAACAACUAAAAAAAAAAAACAAAAAAAAAAACAUUUGAAAAAUGUCUAAAACCCACAUAAACAACAGACACACAAGCAACUUGUAAAUGAAUACAAUUUUUGUAAACGUUUUAUGUGCGCAAAUUGAAUCAAACUACACAGCAAAAAAAAUAAAAUAAAAUAAAAGAAAUGAUAUUU